UCUGUGUAUCAUCAUCUCAUAAAAAAGCAGCAAAAAUGAAAAAAAAUCAAAUAACAAAGCAGAUUCACAUAUUUAUCAGAGAUCGAGGGAGUACCCUUAAAUCUCAUGUCAAUUUCCUUCUUUUAAAAGAAAUGCUAUAAUUCAAAUUGUACUUCAAAAACCCAUCUUUUUUAAUCAGAAAAUAAAAUUUUCUUUUGGGAAAUCAUUUGGGUGCAAGAUGAAAUUGUUUGGGUACAAGAAAAGAAAGUUAUUGAUACAUUAUUCAUUAAAAUCAGUGCUUUUGAUUAUGGGUUUAUUUACAGUUUCUGGGUUUAUAAUGUUGAGUUUUAAGCCUGUAGAUCCUUCAACUGAAGAUGUUUUUUUAUUGUCAUCUUCUAAGAAUUUUUCAGAUUCAAAUAUAAUCUCCAAAUCUGUUAAUAACCCAGAAAAUGUAAGCUCUUCUUUGUUUUCUUCCCCUUCUAUGUCUGAAAAGAGUUCUGGGGAUGAUAAAACGAUGUCGUGUGCUACUGUUGAGGAGAUGGGGGAGGAUUUUAAGCCUGGUUUUGCUGCUUGGAAAGAGUCUCUUAGAGUGAGAAGCUUGAUUCAUCACCAUUUCUUAAUUAACGGUCCUUCAAGAGUUCGGGGGCUCUCUCCCGAUCAAUUCUGUCGGCAUAAUUAUGUCAUGGCAAAAGCAUCAGAAGCUGGAUUUGGGAAUGAAAUGUACAAAUUACUAACAGCUGCAGCGUUAAGUGUAAUGUUGAAUCGCUCCUUGAUCAUCGGCCAAACCAGGGGAAAAUAUCCUUUUGGGGACUAUAUUACUUACAGCACUAAUGCCUCAUUUUCCCUUCAAGAAGUGAAACAUUUAUGGAAAAAGCAUAAUUGCAUUUCAAGAUAUGGUCGGCAUUUGGUUGUACGCAUUGAUGAUUUUCAGAAUCCUGCACGUACAAACAUUCUCUGUAGUAACUGGCGGAAAUGGCAACAACCUAUCAUUUGGUUGCAAAAUACAACAGAUGCCGUGGCAGCUCAGUUUUUCUUGAAGAAUGUACAUCCCGAGAUGAGGAGUGUGGCCUAUGAGUUGUUUGGAAAGCAAGAACUUAAAUCUAGACCUAAUGUUUUUGGUGAAUUAAUGCGAGUUCUUAUAUCUCCUUCUCCAAGUGUUGAAGCUGCAGUCAAGUCUGUUCUUGCCAAUGGUAAUGAGCCAGAUAUCACAUUACAUAUGCGGAUGAUGAUGAACAGGCCAUUGUCGUCAGUGCCGGCUGCGCUAAGAUGCAUCAGAAAAGCCAUGGAGAAUGUAGAACAUGUAGCUAGACCCAAGGUGGUCUUAGUUUCGGAUACCCCGUCUUACAUAAGUUUAGUAAAAGCCAGCGUAGAAGAACUUGCCGAGGUUAUUCACUUCGAUUAUAAACAUAUUAGAAGAAAUAUUUCUCUCGAAUUCACACGAUUACAUACUUUAAAAUCGAGGGCCAAGGACUGGGGCCCUGCACCAAGAUGGGUUGCGUUUGUGGACUUCUUUCUUGCAUCUUGUGCAAAGUAUGCUGUUAUUUCUGGGGCCAAUAGACGAGUUGGAACGACAUACGCUCAACUAAUCGCAGCUUUAGCUGCAGCUAAUAACCUCGAUGAAAAUUUGAAUACAAACCCGAGUUUUGUAUUCCUAAGUAGCUUCCAACGCAAUCUGCUGAAACGUGGACUAAGAAAUCAGAUUGGAUGGGGACAUGUAUGGAACCGUUUUGCGGGUCCAUUGAGUUGCCAAAGGCAAGCUCAACAAUGUGCAUAUACGCCACUCCUCCCACCAGGUUGGUGGGAUGGGAUUUGGCAGUCUCCGAUAACUCGAGACAUCCGGAGACUGAGAAUGUAUGGCGUCAAACUCUCAGGGUUAGGCACAAUUGACGAGGAACAUCUUCAAUCUUACUGCAAAUCAAAGAAAAAAAUAGUUUUUACUUCUCCAGUUUCGUUAUUGUAACACCAACUCCAUAACUGAUCACAAUUUUUUUGUAAGUGUAGGAUAUUACCUAAUUCAUCUCGAUUAUUUUUUGUUUGAGGGGAACGACAUAUAUUCCGAAAAGUAUAUUUUGUUGUCAAAA